UCUGCACCCAUCUGCUGUUACGAUCAUCUGCCACCAUCCAGCCUCCAUCAGUAUGCAGUUUCCUUUGCUUCUGUCAACGAGCACAAGAGAAGACCAUGCAGGUGUCUCCUCUUGCAGAGAGGAACUGGGCGGGCCUGUGCUCGGUGCUGGAGGAUGUGCUGGAGGACCAGUCCCACAGGGAGCUGUUUGCUGUAGAGCUGGGCUCGGGCACAGGGCAGCAUGUCAUACACUUUUCCCAGAAGAUCCCUUUCAUCACCUGGCAGCCAUCAGACAUCAAAGAGGAGGCUCGAGACAGUAUAAAGGCCUACAUUAUGGCCACUAAGGCAAAGACGGUGCUGCAGCCGGUUCACCUGGAUGCCAGCGAGCCCUGGGAGAAAUGGGCAGGCCUUCCUCGCAACUCCUGUGAUGUUGUUAUCGCCAUUAACCUCCUGCAGUACAGCUCCUUCAAGACAGCAGAGGGUGUUUUUAAUGGAUCAGGUCAGAUCCUCAAACAAAGUGGCCUUUUACUAAUAUAUGGGGUGUUUGCCAUCAACGGCACCAUUACACCAAGUUGUAAUGAAGACCUGGAUGCAGAGCUGAGAAACAUGAAUCCAGAGUGGGGCCUUCCGGACAUAGAUGUACUUAGACAGCUGGCUUAUGGGAACGGCCUGCGGAUGGAGAGGAUGAUCGAGAUGGAAGAAUAUAACAAAUUGCUAAUCUUCAGGAAACUUUAAAGGAGUGAAAACGUCGCUGGGAGCCAAUAAAGCAUCGGUGUAUAUUCUACUGCGCAAAGUACAAGUACAAAUCGAAUUGUAGUGUCUCAGGACAGUCAUUUAAAUACAUUUUGUGUUUGUGAUUGUUGUGUCUAACGCUCAGUUGCAAGUUCAAUGUGAAUUUAAGGUGGUGGCCUUUACACUUCUAAUAGCAGGGAAGUGGAAUCACACCACCUAAUAUUCAUAUAAAUGUAAAAUAUGAAUUGCUGUAAACACACUGGGUCAACAUGAAUAAAAGUUGUCACUGCAUCGU